ACUUUAUUAGAGAUGAUGGGGCGAAAAGCUCGAGAGUACGGUGAGUUUUUAGUUAAAUGGGCCUUACCUUUUUAAUAAGCCCAAUAUUGGACUUUAAUCUAGCCUAUUAAUGAACACGGCGAUGCUUAAUAAAAGGUCGGUUGUGUUUGGCUACAAGAGCAUAUAUAUCCCGCCACCGAAUAAAAUCCCCCAGUUUUUUUUUUCUGCCGUCGUCGUCGUCGUCGUCCCCAACUUCGUUUGAGCAAUGGAUGAGAGUUUCAGAGUGAGGAUCGACAAGGUUUUUGGAUCUCUUGCAUCAUCAUCAUCCGCGUCUUCAGCGCCUGUGAGCUCUCUCUGGUGUCUCGCGGAAGACGAGAUCGAUAGCAACGAACGGAGCGGAGAAAAGGAAGUAGUUUCUGAACCCUCGAGCAGCUCACCGGAUAUAAGAACGAAGCAGGAGAAUGAUCCAACGGAUUUGUCAAUCGAUGGGGAAGAAGGAGAGUCUUGUGAAUUGCAGAAGCCGAACGAUUUCAACGACGAGGAGUGGGAGAUCAAAAACUCUAUCGGGAUGGACUCUACUCUUGAUAUGGAGGAAGAGGAAGAUGACAAUGACAAGGUUGCAUUAGGCCAAAAAGUGUACGGUUUCAUGAAGGAUGUGAAUGACUAUGAGACUGAAGCAGAUGAGUGGGUGGAGCUUCCAGCUUCUUUCAAAGAAAGAGAGAAGGACCCUCGUGCAAAUCUUAUGGCAGCUAAGCUUAGGCUUAAAGAAGACGCUGAAGCUGUUAACAAGUUGAAUUCUUUACAUGUCUCUGAGGAACUUCAGGAUAAUCAGACCAUGUCGACGGAGAACGAGAAAGCUCUGGUGGUGUCUGAAGCUAACGUAGAGACAACAAAUGGUGGCUCUUCAGAUGAGAGUGCGCUGAAACCGAUAUUGAAGAGGAAAGAAAACCAGGCUAUUGAUUCUAAGUUGCAGAAGCGUGUUAGGUUUAGUUCUGAUAUCAAAGAUGACAACUCGACUGAAGGUAAUAAAGACUCUGUGAUGGAGACAAGUUCCCCUAACGAACCUAUAGUAGAGGCAGAUUAUCCGACUGGGAUCCCAGAUUAUAUGCGGAACCCAUCAAAGUACACUCGAUAUACAUUUGAUUCAGGGGAGGUUGAUGAAGAAUCUAACCGGAAGGCAUACAUGGACUUUCUCAACAUGAUUAGGAGCAGAGAUGAGCCUCUGGCAGAACCUAUGUUAGAGCUUCCAAGAUCAGUGGCUUUUGUACCAAAGAAGAAACCAAUGGCUGAAAAUAAAGUAGAAAAUAUAGACAAGGAUUGUGAGGGGAAAAGAGUAGCAAUAGCUGUUGAUACCAUAGAAGACUGUACCAUUUCUGCUAUGGAAGAAGAUGAACCAGAAACAGCUCCACAUGUCACCAGAAGACCUGGCCGACAGUAUCGAGCCAGAGCCAAGGAAGAUCCAGAGGAUUGAAGGUCAUCACAUUUACCUUGCUGAGAUUUGUUACGUUUUUCUUCAUUAUCUAAAAAUGUGGCAUUUUAUUAGGUAUUGGAUGAUAAAGAAAUCAAAUUUGCUUGGAUAAUGAUAUGUUGUGGAAUAAUACCAAUUUAUAUCGCCUGUA